AUGGGGAGACGACACAUAUCCUCACUCGCAUUAUUACUUCCCGUUCUUGCUAGCACUGCAAAUGCGGCAUCAGACCCUCCCCGGCCGCGGGGUGUAGGCCCCGAGUUUGCAAAGUUCUAUAAAGACGCAGAAACCUUCGCGUGUAUUUCGAAUCCCUCCAUCAAGCUCUCCAUCUCCCGCCUCAACGACGAUUACUGCGACUGCCCUGACGGCUCCGACGAGCCAGGCACCUCCGCAUGCUCCUACCUCUCUCCGCUCUCCCCAUCACAACCCUCGAACUUCCAAGGCAGCAACCUAGACACAACACUCGCUCUGCCCGGAUUCUACUGCAAGAACAAGGGCCAUCAGCCGAGCUACAUACCAUUCACGAACGUGAAUGACGGCGUGUGCGAUUACGAGCUGUGUUGCGAUGGGAGCGACGAAUAUGAACGCGUGGGAGGCGUGAAAUGCGAAGACCAGUGUGCAAAGAUUGGGAAAGAGUGGAGGAAGCAAGACGAAGCUCGGCAGAAGAGCUUGAAUGCUGCGAGGCAGCGACGGAAAGAGCUGAUAGCCGAGUCUGGGCGACUGCGCAAGGAAGUGGAGGAUCGCAUUCUGACGCUGAAGACGCAGAUUGAGGGACAGAAUCUCAAGGUCGACGGGCUGACGAAGAGCUUGGCUGAGAUUGAGAGGCAGGAGAGGGGCAAGGUGGUCAAGGGUGCAGGCAAGGGUGGAAAGAUCACUGUACUGGCCAGUCUGGCCAAAGAGAGGAUUCAGGAGUUGACCGAUAACGUGCAUCGGGUGCGCAUUGAGAGGGACACGAAUAGAGGAAGAGUCGAAGAGCUGGAGGCUAUGCUUAGACGCUUCAAGGAGGAGUACAAUCCCAACUUCAACGAUGAGGGCGUUAAGCGCGCUGUCAAGGCUUGGGAGGACUAUGCUGCGCAGGAACGCCCGGGACCGAAUGAAGCUCUGGAUCGUGAUCUCGAUGAGAUACUGCAGCCAGAUUCCGAGUCCGCCAUCAACUGGGAAGAAUUCGAGACUGUCGACGAGACCGAUGUCGACGUUCUCUACAAAUUCGAAGAGUACCUUCCCACCCCCGUCCGCGACUGGGUCGACGCAAAGCUCCGAGACCUGCGCGUUGUACUCAUCGAAAAUGGCAUACUCGCAGACCCCAAAACGUCCGAUACACCUGAAUCCAAGGCCGUCACCGACGCGAGAUCCCAGCUCGACUCUGCGAAGAAAGAACUCGACGACGACAAGUCGGAACUGACCAAGCACGAAGACGACUUGACGAAAGACUACGGCCCAGACAGCAUAUUCCGCGCGCUCAAAGACCGCUGUGUCGAGACAGACAGCGGCGAGUACACGUACGAACACUGCUUCCUCGCCAGCACGACGCAAAAGUCCAAGAAAGGCGGUGGCCACACGGGCAUGGGCAACUUUGCACGCAUUGAAGUCGUCUCCGUCGACGAGGAGUUGCCUGCUGACGGCAGGGGCCUCGGUAGCGGAGAGCGCAUUGCACUCAAGUACGAGAACGGACAGCACUGCUGGAACGGGCCGAAUCGCAGUACGCAGGUCAUUCUUGCGUGCGCGGAGAAGGAUGAGAUUUGGAAGAUUGUCGAGGAGGAGAAGUGUGUUUAUCGCAUGGAGAUGGGUACCCCUGCGGUUUGUGGUGUGGACGUCAAGAAGUCUGUGGUGCCGGAGCACAACGAGCUAUAGUGGGGGGGAAAUGAUUGAGGGUUGGUUGAGCGACAACUACUAGUAACCAAGGUAUCUGAGAAUGGGAAAAAUAUAUAGACGUUGAUGUAGUUUUUGACGACGAAUUGAAAUAGCAGGGCUUGCAAGGCGUAUUCUAGAAUCAUAUUCGUUACUAUACAACAUGAUGGCCAUAACAAGUACGGUUUAUUGAUACAUACUUGACCCUGCU